GAGGCGGCGGCGGGAUGUUCACGACGGGGGCGGAGAGUCUGCUCCGCCAGGCCAGGGAGAUCCGGGACGAGGAGCUGGGCAAGUUCUGUGCCCGGGUCUGUGCGCUACUGCGGAAGGAGGACUGGGGUGCCGACGCCCUGGACGCCCUGCGGAGGCUCUUCCUCAUCGUCUCGGCCACGAAAUACAACAGGAGGCUGGAGGAGCCUUGUGUGGCACUGCUGAAGACGGCCCUCUGCUCGCCCACCUGCCCCGAGCAGCUCCAGCUCCUCUGUGCCGCUGUCCUGAGAGAGAUGUCGCCCUCGGACAGCCUGAGCCUCUCCUGCGACCACAUCCAGAACACGCGGCAGCUGGGCCUCGUGGCCUCUGUGCUCUUGGCCCAGGGUGACCGACAGCAGAUCAGGAGCUUGGGCCAGCGCGUCCUUGGGGUCCUGGAGAGCCGGCAGCCCGAGGGGCCCAGCCCGAGGCACGUCCUCCCCGUCGUGUCCAAGGUCACCAGCCUGGCCCCGGACGCCCUCCGUGAAGAGCAGACCAGGGCACUCAGCAAGCGGCUGGGGGACUGGCUCCGCUACGCCAGCGUCCAGCAGGCGGUCACCCACUCCUCCGGGGGCUUCUUCUCCACGCCCAGAGCCCGGCAGCUGGGCCCUGUCACCGAGGUGGACGGGGCAGUGGCCACGGACUUCUUCACGGUGCUGUCCACGGGCCAGCGCUUCACGGAGGACCAGUGGCUGAACGUGCAGGCCUUCUCCAUGCUGCGGGCCUGGCUGCUGGACAGCGGCCCUGAGGGCUCCAGUGCCGCGGAUGCAGACGACAAGUCGGAGCUGGAAGGCUCCACCCUGUCCGUGCUCUCGGCCACCUCCACUGCCAGCCACCUGCUGCCGCCCCAGGAAUGGCUGCGGGAGAAGGCCUUCGAGUACUGCCAGCGCCUGCUCGAGCAGAGUAACCGGCGAGCCCUGAGGAAGGCAGACUCAGACCUGCAGAAAGCAUGUCUGGUGGAGGCCGUGCUGGUGCUGGACGUGCUCUGCCGGCAGGACCCCUCCUUCCUGUACCGCACCCUCUCCUGCCUGAAGCCCCUGCACACACGCCUGCGCGGGGACCCAGCCUGGGUGCGGGCGCUGCUGCCCGUCGCCCAGUUCUUCCUGCACCAUGGGGAGGCCGCCGCAGUGGACGCAGAAGCCGUCUACCAGCACCUCUUCACCAGGAUCCCCGCUGACCAUUUCCACAGCCCAAUGCUGGCCUUCGAGUUCAUCCAGUUCUGCAGGGACAGCCUGCCUCUGUUCGGCAGAAACCUCGGCGUUCUCAGGACAAGCUUCCCGAACCUCUUCAAGUUCCUGGCCUGGAACAGCCCGCCCCUCACCUCCGACUUCGUGGCGCUCCUCCCAUCGCUGGUCGACGCGGGGACGGCCGUGGAGAUGCUCCACCUGCUGCUGGACCUGCCCUGUCUGACCGCAGCCUUGGACCUGCAGCUCAGGUCGCUGCAGGCCUCAUCUGAGAGGCCGCCCUGGGACGUCUCCAUCAGGGCCCCCGGCUGCCUGGAGGCCUUCCGGGACUCGCAGGUCCAGGGUCUCUUCCAGCACCUGCUGCGUGCCCAGGCCAGCGGGACCGCGGAGAGGUUGACGCCACUCUACCGGCUGCUGCAGCCCCUGGCCGGCUGUGCCCGGGUGGUCCAGUGCGCCGAGGCCGUGCCCACCCUGCUCCGGGCGUUCUUCUCGGCGGUGACACAGUUUGCUGACGGGGCCCUGGCCAGCCAGCUGGCACUGCUGCUCCUGGAGCGAAGCGACUCACUUUACCAGGUCCCGGGGUAUGAAGCCAGUGUGCACAGGGUGCUGAGCUCCCAGUUCCCGGCCUUGUGCAAGCUGCAUCCCCCACUGGUGGUCGAGCAGGCGAAGGAGCUGCUGGAGUUUGUGGGAGGCCCCCGCGGCGGCGGGCACAUGCUCACGUCCGUGGUGUGGGCCAUCGGCGAGUACCUGUCGGUGUCCUGGGACCGGCGGUGCACCGUGGAGCAGAUCAACAACUUUUUCGAAGCCCUGGAGGCCCUGCUCUUCGAGGUCACCAGGUCGCGGCCCUCCACCGCCCUUCCCCAGUGUCCUCCACAGGUCAUCACCGUGCUCAUGACCACGCUGACCAAGCUGGCCUCUCGGAGCCAAGACCUGAUUCCCAGGGUCUCCUUGCUCCUGUCAAAGAUGAGGAACCUGGCCCAGAGCCCAGCCACGGGCUCCAUGCCCAGUGAGGAGGACGUGGGAGCCGUCCGCACGCGGGCCACCGAGCUGCUGAACCUGCUGAAGAUGCCCAGCGUGGCCCAGUUCGUGUUCACACCCAGCGUGGAGGUGUCCGAGCCCCGCUAUCACCGUGACACCAACACGGCCCUGCCCCUGGUCCUGCGCACGGUCAGCCGGCUGGUGGAGAGAGAGGCGGGCCUUCUGCCAGGGUGAAGGGACCAGGUAGACGCCGGGCAGGGCUGCAGGUUGAGAGCCUGGUAUUACCAGCCAUGGCUUCAGUGGUCACGGAGGCUGUCACAGUCUCAGCCUUUGGCCUCUGUGUGUCUUUCUCUAGCCCCUUUUUCUCGUGACCACACUGAGCUGUGCAGUGACACAGCACUGAUUCUCGGCUUUAGCCCCUCUUGGGACUGGGUGGGAGGCUGCUUGGUUUGUGUCUUGCCGGUCCUUGUUUGUUUGGGGGCAAGAAGAGAUACGGCGAAAAUAAAUCUCCUUUACAAAACA